AUGUUGUCCAAAUCCCUGGCGGAAAGCCGGAAAAGCGUCGAGCGUUCGAGGCGCUACUUGGAAUCGGUCCGACAAGAACCUUCCCCGUCGCACUCCCUCUACACCGCAUCCUAUGACGCCAACCAUGUCUCAUUGACUACCGUGCUUAAACACCUUCGUCAAGAGGUGACUUCCCUGUCCCUGGCCUUCUCUGGCAAGGAGGUCCUUGUCCCAGCUGCCAUCGCUCAGGCUGAAAAAGUGGGCCUCAACUUCGAUCGAUUGGCGGCUUGUGUGCUCGCUGUGCCAGCCGGAACAUGUCUACAACAAGAAUGGCGAAAAGGCGUCGAUGGGAUCGGAGAACACAUAUUGAAACUCCUAGACGUGUUCAUCGAGGAUCUGAAGACGUCGAAUAGUGAUGUUGCAGCCAUGGCCAAGGCAUCAUCGUCAAAGCCGGGACCGAAGCCUUUUCUGGUAGCGACAUCGGCUAUCUGGUCAGCGAUCGACCUGAUGCUCAGCAAAUCGAGCUCGAGCGAGCGACAAGCCCUGAAACAGGUCUGGAGAUAUGAUCGGGAGUGCAUGGACGACGCCUUUGCCGAGUUCAAGGAGAUGCUCGAGGUCGACGAGGGAGUCGGAGAGGACGAAGAUCUUGGUGGAGAUGAUGAAUGGGCAGAGCUAGAGAGGAACCUUGCGGGAGGUACCGACAAUAUGACGGAAGAGGAGAGGGAGCGUGUAAGAAGUUACGACACCACGGUCCGCUUAAUCAUGGCGAUCCACAAUCGAUUUGCCAAGUUCACCCUCGAUCAGCCGCUAGCACUCGAGCUACCCACGCAUCUGGAGACAUCACAUUCGCUCUCCUCGAACAUGGAUCUAUUCGUGUCUAGCCUGUAUUCUCCUCAGGCGGAGGGAGACAUCGUCAAAGGGGCCGAGGGAGUGAUCGCUGAUGCAUACAAGUUGUGCGAUCUAGCGGUACAAGCUAUCGAACGAGUCGGAUCACAAACCGAUCAAGCGGCGGCUGCUCUGGACAAGCUGGCCCUCGACGACACGCGACCUAGUGAGGUAGCCAACGAUGACGGUUUGGAAAAGGAGAAGAAGUGGAUGGACGUCUGGAGACAACAGAUGGAAAAGGCGCAGAAGGCCCGCGCAGGAAGCGCAUAA